UUCUCUCUCCUCCACGCUGGCACUCUCUCCCCUCCACUUUCUAUUUAUACCCCCUUCUUUCUCCUCUCUUCAAACCGUCUACUUUUCUUUUCAAAUUUUCCAUUUCCACAAUAAUGAAGCUUAAAACUCGCUUCUGUUUCUGUACCUCCACCGUCGCCGGCGACGACUCCAACAACUUUCCGGCGACAACAUCUUCCUCCUCCUCUACCUCACCCGCAAGUAACACUAGUCUACAAAGUCACCUCUCCCUUCAAACCCUGCCAUCUGUCCCUUCCCUUCAAUACUUCUCUCUCCUCGACGUCUCCGCUACCGUCACCCUCACCCACUCUCUCUCCUCUACUCUCUCACUACCUUCCUCCAUCUCAUCACUUUCUCUCUCCUCCGCAUCAUCUCUCCUCUACGUCUCCUCCGGCCACCAGAUCAACGUCUACGACUCCUCCACCCUCUCCCUCAUUGAAACCUUCAACUCCGACGGAACCUCCUCCGGCGCCGUUAAGUCCGUCACAUUCUCCGACGGAAAAAUCUUCUCCGCUCACCAGGAUGGCAAAAUCCGGGUUUGGAAGUUAACCGCGAGUAAGAAGCAUAAGAUGGUUUCUACUUUACCCACUUUAACUGACCGGUUACGCCGGUACCCGGUUCCGAAGAAUCACGUGAAAGUCAGGCGACAUAAGACGCGGUUGUGGGUUGAGCACAACGACGCCGUUUCGAGCUUGGCCGUUACCAACGGAAAAAUAUACUCCGUUUCUUGGGAUAAAACGUUGAAAGUGUGGGGUCCAAAGAGUUUACGGUGUUACGAGUCUGUAACGGCGCAUGAGGAUGCGAUUAACGCCGUUAUUGUUGCAAAUGACGGAACGGUUUAUACCGGGUCGGCUGAUGGUCGGAUUCGGGUUUGGGCUAAAAAAUCCGGGUCGGAGAAGAAGCAUUCAGGGAUUGCCACGUUGGAGAAACAUAAAUCAGCUGUAAAUGCAUUAGCGUUGAAUUCUGACGGUUCGAUUUUAUUCUCGGGUGCUUGUGACCGUUCGAUAUUGGUUUGGGAGAGAGAAGAUAGUGCUAAGUAUAUGGUGGUUAGUGGGGCCCUUAGAGGUCAUAAUGGGGCGAUCUUGUGUUUGAUCAACGUCUCAGAUUUUCUGAUCAGUGGUUCGGCUGAUCGGACGGUCAGGAUUUGGAGACGUGGGUUUGAAGGAAAAUUCUGUUGUUUAAGCGUUUUGACUGGGCAUAGUAAGCCUGUUAAGUCAUUAGCUGCAAAAAUGGAGGGUGAAGAUGGAAUUUCGGUGUUUAGUGGUGGGCUUAAUGGGGAAAUUAAAGUUUGGAGUCUUAAGAUUAAUUAUUCCGGCAGUAAGGACUCCUGACAGUAAUAUCAAAUCUCGUAUACAUUAUUGUCUUAUACGAUACUGUAUUUGUAGGAGGGAAAAAAAUUAUUGGUAAAUAGUUUUUAGAUAUGGAGAAUGAUGUGAUUGGUUCAAUAUUAUUUUUUUAUUUUUUUGGUGGGGGAGCGGGUGUUUUAGACAUGGCUAUGAAAGUUUGAUGCUAGUACAAGUAAAUUUACUAGUAAUUUGUUUGAAUUUUGAGUAUGUUUAUUUUCCCUUUUUUUAGUAGGGAUGAUGGAUAUAUUUUUGUAUUUAUUGGCUACUUUCAAUUGUUAAUGGAAUGAUAGCUAUGUUAAUUCAUGAA